AGAGAGAGAGGUGACGAAUGAAAUUUUGGGCGACCGGGAGAAAAGAGUGGCUGCUUGCUGCAUAUGCAAAACAAAGAUAGACACGUAGUUCGAUGUCACUGCCGACAUGGAACAGCAGGAGGAAGAUGAGCAGCUACCACCGACGCUCAGAUCAAUUCACAAUCGUCACAGCUCCUUCGUCAAGUUCAUCAACACGACACGCCAUAACAUAGGCGUUUACUGGAUCGACUACCAGGGCAAAAUGGUUUGCUAUAGGGUCCUUGGCUGUCGUGAUCACGUCGAGAUUAAUACUUUCGUCACGCAUCCGUGGAUCUUUGUUGACGAGGAGACAAAGGACAGGUUUCCAGGGAACGGCGAGGAGGUGUUCUUCCCGGAGCCGUGGUUCGCCAAAUACCGGGGCAUGCGUCCUUUCGAGCUCCCGGCCCGGAUCGAGCGCACCCCCGUCUACAUCACUCUACCUCUCUACUCGCUGCGCGACCUCUGCCUACGCGAGAUUAAGCGCAGGUUGCGUUACGACUGGCAGGCGUUUGACCUCGAGAUACCCUGGAGCCUGCAACACGAGCUCCAUGUGCUUCAGCCCCGGAAGCCCGAGCAGCGCGACAGGGACCUCGGCUCGUAACAUCAGGUCCAAUUGGCCUCU